GUAACACAGUCUCCCCUCGUCCCGCCCCGGACCCUGUGUAACACUGUGACAGAGUCGCCGGCAACGGAAGUGGGUCCGCAGCGUGAUGGCGGCGGCGCUGAGAGCGGCGGCCGGGGCGGCCCGGAGGCUGAGCGUGCCGGCCAUGCGCAACACAGACGGGCGCUACCGGGUCACCAUGAUCCCGGGGGACGGGGUGGGUCCGGAGCUGAUGCACGCCGUCAAGGAGGUCUUCCAGGCUGCGGAGGUGCCGGUGGUGUUUGAGGAACACCACGUGAGUGAGGUGCAGAACAUGGCCUCCGAUCAGAAGCUGCAGCAGUUGCUCUCCUCCGUGAAGGAUACCCGCGUCGCCAUCAAAGGCAAGAUGCACACCCCGAUGGAGUACAAGGGAGAGUUCGCCUCCUUCGAGAUGAAGCUACGGAAGAUGCUGGACCUGUUUGCCAAUGUGGUGCAUGUACAGAGUCUGCCCGGCUACCCCACCCGGCACGUCAACCUGGACCUGGUCGUCAUCCGCGAGCAGACUGAGGGGGAGUACAGCUCACUGGAGCACGAGAGUGUGCAGGGCGUGGUGGAAUGCAUGAAGAUCAUCACCAGGGAGAAGUCGCGCCGAAUCGCCAAGUUUGCCUUCGACUUUGCCACCAAGAACGGGCGCCGCAAGGUCACCGCCGUGCACAAGGCCAACAUCAUGAAGUUGGGUGAUGGGCUGUUCCUGCAGUGUUGCCGUGAGAUGGCCGACCUGUACCCACACAUCAUCCACGACUCCAUCAUCAUCGACAACUGCUGCAUGCAGCUGGUGUCUAACCCCCACCAGUUUGAUGUGCUGGUGAUGCCGAACCUGUACGGGAACAUCAUAGACAACCUGGCGGCGGGGCUGGUGGGGGGGGCCGGCGUGGUGCCCGGAGAGAGCUUCAGUUCCGAGUACGCGGUCUACGAAACGGGAGCCCGCCACCCCUUCUCCCAGGCCAUGGGUCGUAACAUCGCCAACCCCACCGCCAUGCUGCUGAGUGCCGCCAACAUGCUGCGCCACAUCAACUGGGAGUACCAUUCCAACAUGGUGGCCCAGGCCGUCCGGAAAGUCAUCAGACAGGGCAAGGUACGGACAUACGACAUGGGCGGAUACUCCACCUCGGCCGAGUUUACAGCGGCUGUGAUCACCAACCUCGAGAGCUGAGCACCGGGGGAGUCCCGCUCCCCACCGCACACUCCCCCCCCCCCCCCCCCCCCCCCCCCUCCCCUCCCCUCCCCUCCUCUCUCUCCUCCCUCCAACCUCAAGAAGUUGUCCCAACCCGAAACGUCACCUGUCCAUGUUCUCCUGAAGCUGCCUGGUGCGCUGGGUUACUCCAGAUUCCAGCAAGUAACAGCCUUGUGUCUGUAGUUGUGGCCCCGCCGGACCAGUCGUAGUGCUCUUGUCUGUGUUGUAACCCUGUCUAAUGUGAAUAAAGACUGGAGGUGGCAGCGAA